AUGCAAGGCGUUCGAUUAUCGCACGUAUUGAAGGUGCUCUCACUCUGGAAUGCAUUUUUGCAUGCAGAACUUAAACUGAAGGCGAAGGAGCAGCGCGCGGCCAUCGCCGAUGUAGGCUGCAACAAGGCUUACUUUUCUGCCACAGCGCUCAAUUACCUGGCGCCAGGGUACGGCAACCAUCUGCAGCUGCUUUAUAAGUCCCACGCGAACCGCGCAGUGUACGCAAAGCCAUGCGGCGGUUGCAACGAGUGCCUACAAAACCCACCAGACCGCAUCGUCAGCGGCCAGCGAACCGUUGACGUCUUCUGCUUCGAACCCUCUGAAAUCCACUUCGUCAGCCUCACACAGGCGCGCAAUGCACUGUACGGCUCCCCUGACCCUACCUCCAAGCCCCCACCCCACCAGGCCACCAAGGUCAACUUCCACAUCGUGCCAGCCGCAGUCUCCAACGCAUCGGGCAUCGCACACUUUCCAGUUAACUGCACCGGCAAUACCUGCAGCCUCGGCGACAGCAACGUCGCCUUCCAGGCGGUCAACGUGACCACGGUGGAUGAGGAGAUGCGGUCUCGGAGCGUGUCGUACUUAGACGUACUCAAGAUCGACACGGAGGGCUUCGACCCGGCGGUCCUGGCCGGAGCCUACGAGUCCCUCCGGGGGCACCGCAUCGGAUUGCUGUCGUUCGAGUACCAUUCUCUUUGGAAGCGCUCGGGGGGCAGUUUGCGCCAGUGCGUGAGAUAUCUUGACGAUCUGGGUUACACGUGUUUUUACGACGGACCCACUUUGGCCAAAGUCACCGGGGACUGCUGGACAGAAGCGUAUGAGCUGCGGCGCUGGUCGAACAUCGUGUGUGUCGUACGUGGUACGGACAUGGAACGGGAGCUGUACUCGGGGAGCUACCUGGCGUCCCCCGAGUUGAAGGGGGGGAAGCUGGGAGGGGGGAAGAAGAAGUGGGGGGCUUAG